GUUGGGACUCAUCAAAUUUUUAAGACAAGAAAGUCCACCCCGAGCAAAUCCUUCAUCGUUCUCAACAUCCAUUAAUAACGGGUAUCUUCAAUAUUUUAUUCCUGCUUUCAUGAAAUUCGAUGAAGACUUUUCGAAGAACCCAGAUCAAUCUGAACGCGAGGGAGAUUCUUCAUCGCCGAUCUCGACUGUUUCGCCUCCGCCGGAAGAGCGAUUUCAUGAUGUUGAUAUUAAAUACUUGUCAAAGCCGAAAGUUUGGCCUCAGAUUUUGGCAUCAAUGCAGCACUUUACAACUGGAUUAUUUGGUGGGAUCUGCUUUGAAUUCACAAGCGUGGCAAUUCCAUCUUUCAUCAAGGAUCCCAGAACAGAACCCCUCAACGAAGACUCGAUUUCCAUGAUCGUUAGUUCUUUCUACUUGGGAACAAUUUUCGGCUACUUCCUCGGUGCCUACGUCGCGGAAAAAUUGCCAAAACGAAUCGUUUUGCUCGCAACUUUAUUCCCCAUGGCGGCUACGUGGACGCCGUUUUUCUUCAUCACCCCCGUUGCGUUCAUGGUGCUCGGUCGUGUUUUGCAAGGCGUCGUGUUCGGAGCAAGAACGAAUUUGAGCCACGCAUACAUCAUGGAAAUUGCCGACAAGACCAACAGGGAUUGGGCGAUUUCCACAUAUUCCUUGGCCAUAAGCGUCGGGACACUGGGAGCAGCAUUACUUGGAGAAUUCUUGAGGUGGGAUCAUUUGGCAAUGAUCAGCGCGGGUACGAAUAUUCUGAUUUUCCCACUGAUUUACAUCUUGCCGGAGACGCCGGUGUACUAUGUGCGGAAGGGAGACUCGGAUUCGGCGCGCAAAUCGUUGACUUGGUACCGAGGGCAUUUGUUCAACGUUGAUCAGGAAUUGACAGAAAUCAAGUCUUAUUUGUCUGUUGACAAAACGACGUUUUCCUGGAAGAGUCUCACCAAAUGGAUUCGGCGCGAAAAUCGUUGA